UUUUUGGUCAUUACAUGCGAACGCCGGACGUGAUAUUUGUGAUAAGAGACUAGAUCGGUAUUUUUAUAACUCUAUUUGGUGUUAUCAAAGCACGAGUUACCUGCCCGCUAUAAGUUGGGUGACAGUUUGAGGACACUGAUAGGACACUACUAUCAAUUCGGCCUCCGUGCCUGAGCGCAGUUUCGAGGAGUUUUUAUGGCCAGUGUUAUAUAGUAAAGAGAGAUUCCGGACAAGACAAGGCCGCGACGGGCUUAUUACAGCACAACACAAGCCUAAAACUCUUUCGGAGAUAGAGGAUAAAUCUUCAUAAGGCCGGACUUUUUUGCUGUUGGAAUUUUCCUUGGAAUUUUCGUCUUCAGAAUGGCGUAGAAGAGGAUUGUUUGGAUACGGAAUUAGGGAACUCCUGGUUCUGAACUUGUUAAAAUUUCGUUAUUUCUCACUGCCACAUCAUCUGGGUGCUAGAUUUCUUAUCACUAACUUUGAAUAUGGAGUCCUCGAAAUCUUUUAGCAUCGACGCGUUACUUUCUCGAGAUACGAGUAAGCCAAAGUCCCCUCCGUGUAUAGACAGGACUAGCCCCCGGCGGACCUCACCGAGUCCGCGACCCUCAAGCCCAGCGGACAGCAGGGACUCGGACCGCUCGACACCCUCACCAAACCACGGACUUAACCCUGCCUCACAUUUUGUUCCAAGGCCCGGACUUCUCAAUCACUCUCCACUCACGUCGGGGCAUCUAGUCGCAGGGCUGUAUCCCGGUAGUCAUCCCCUGUAUUCAUAUAACGGAAGCCCCCUCGGACAUGGACCGCAUUCCCCGACUUUUCCGUUGAUUGGGGGCAGCGCCUUCCAUAACCCCACGGAGCAGGCCUUGAAGGCGGCCCAGGCCCAGGGUAUGCCCUUGGAGUGGCUAGCAAGGACGGGACUGUUUAUGCCAAGGAUGAUGGAUUAUCCAGGACAAGGCCAGCACAACCUCCUUGGGAAGACGAGACGGCCACGGACAGCAUUCACUAGUCAACAGUUGCUGGAACUUGAGCGACAGUUUAAGAUGAACAAGUACUUGUCUCGGCCUAAGAGAUUCGAGGUGGCAACGUCAUUGAUGCUUACAGAAACACAGGUUAAAAUAUGGUUUCAGAACCGUCGGAUGAAGUGGAAACGCAGUAAGAAAGCAGUGGCAGAAGCCAAGUCAAAACACUCCUCAGAACGACAACAAGCAAAGGAGAAAGAUAAACAAAAUAAGGAGGGCGCUGAGGGUAACAGAGGUCAAGGUCACGGUUCACAAAGCGGAAGUGAAAAUAUAAACGGACAUGCGCUUAAGCUGGACACUAAAGAUAUAAACGAUGUACACAUAGAUGUCGUGGAUUCUGGGAAUGUUUUAAAACCUGAUACGAAUAUCAUGAACAAUAAGGUGCCAUUUGCGAAUGGGGCAUUCUUAGACAAUACAGCUUUUGGGCCUGAGCAGUUACCACGUGACUUUAGUUUUCAUGGUAGCCAUCAGAGGCCGCAUGUGACUGUGUGAAAGUUGCAAUGAGACUUUAAAUGGUGUACACUAGUCUUGAAGCGGAUGUUUUCGCAAGAACGGAUUGGAUUUGAUGGAGGUAGUCAUUGCCACUCAAGAACUCUUUAGCCACAGACUAUGACUAUGACCACAGUAAUCUCAUCAUUAUGAAACCAUUGCAUUAUUAAGCCUGCAACCAGGCAUUCAUGAACCAUUUUGGUCAUCAAAACUCUUGGACUUCUCAAUUACCAGCGGACUCUCUAAAGAAAUUGUCUUUAUAUAUAAAAUUAAAGUAUUGUAUCCAGAUUGUAAUGGACAGUCAUGUUGUUCAUGUCAACGUGGAAAUAUAUCG